AUGACUAGACUAUUUGCUAUUGGUGCCACCGGAUACGUUGGGGGGUCUGUGUUGAGCGAUAUUCUCAAGGUGUACCCUGACUUUGAAGUCACAGCUUUAGUGAGAACUCAAGAAAAAGCUGAUCUACUCAAAACCGCAUCGAAUGGGCGUAUACUCACAAUUUUGGGGGAUCUCGAUGACCUUGACCUAAUUGAGAAUGCUACGAAAAACGCAGACAUUAUUAUCAAUGCCGCCUCGAAUAGUCACCUACCUAGCCUACAGUCCAUUAAAAAGGCUCUCGCCUCCAAAAAAACGUCUACCUUGUUUAUUCACACCUCUGGGGCAGGUGUGCUUGCUGACUCCGUAGAUCCUGCCCAUUACAAUCCUUCUAAGGAGUACUCCGAUGUCAAAGAUAUCGAUGAAAUCAAUUCACUGCCAGAUACUCAGCCACAUCGUCCAGCUGAUAAGCUGGUUCAAACAAUUCAGGACUCAAAUCCAGACUACGUCAAAACAGCCAUUGUGUCUCCUCCGACCAUUUUCGGAAUUGGGUAUGGAUUCGACAACAAGAUCUCUGCUCAGAUCCCAUACCUGGUGAAAUCAGUAGUGAGGGUUGGCCAUAACUUUACCGUUUAUGAAGGGAACACGGCCUGGAGUCAUGUCCACAUCGAGGAUGUGGCGGCACUUUACAUUUUGAUUGUACAGAAGUUCGUUGCAAAGGAGUCGUUUCCUUCAGGUUAUAAGGGGUAUUACUUUGCUGCAGACGGAACACCGCACCUAUGGAAAGAUGUGGCAAUGGCCGUUACUAAAUUGCUGGUGGCCAGAAAGCUGAUAUCCGAUCCAAGAAUUGACAAGUUGUCUCCUGAAGAAGUUGAGAAGCAGUUUGGCUUACCUGCACUGUUUUGGGGUUCCAAUGUGAAGACAAUUCCCGAUCUCGGAAAAUCUAUUGGCUGGAAACCUACAAAAUCGUCAGAUAGCGAGUUCUGGGCAAGUAUCGAUGCUGAAGUUGAUUUUAUGCAAAAGCAUGGCAUUUUGCAUAGAACACUUUCAUCUCACUAA